AUGUCGUCCGCUGUAUUGACCUCCAUACCACGAACGACAUCACCUUUCAGCUCGGGGUUCCUUCCUUCUACUACUACGAGCGCGAACAACAGUAACAACAACAACAACAGCAACGAUAGUGGGUCGUCCGGACUUGGUCCGACAAUGUGAGUUCUACCUCCCUCCUCCCCCGUAGGAAGCCGAGCGGCAGGCGAUGAGCGCAUGACGCCGCUUUCACGUGGGCACAUCGGGUUCCGCUGAAUUUCAACGAUGCGGGCCACUACAGAAGGCUGAGUUGUAUGGUCGCUGACUUUUGGGUCUGGUUCAACUCGUGAAUAGAUGGUACUACGUUGUCGCUUUGGUCAUCGUCACGCUGUUGCUCAGUACGGUCGGUUCCGUAAGUAGCACUGGCCGUGGGCCCUAUAGAAAGAGCGAGGCUAUUCGUCAUCGGCGAUGCGGAUGCCGCCCCACCCAUUCUCGGCGGUCCACACAUCAACGCCUCCAAAGAUCCCUCACUGACCAAAUUUCAUUGCCCCAUCUCCACAGCGCGUCUUCUUCAUGCGACGUCGACGACGACUCUACGGCCCGGACGCUCGGUACAGUCUUCCCCGAGCACCAAGCACCGGCGGCGGCGCCACUACGACCGGAUCGGGGCGACGUUCGGGGGGGAUUCCGACGUAUCGACCGGAUAAUGGGGAACUCGAAUCGGGAUUGCCCACGUAUUGCGAGACGAGUGAGUUCUGAUAAUCUGGGAACGUGGUCGGCUGGGAGAGAACCGUCGUCAGCUCGAUCGAUCGAGGUAUGGGAAAGCUGACCCUCCCCGAUCUUGAACUUCAUCCUCCUCAGCGACCCCAGCAACUUUUUCCUACACCUCCGGACUACCCGUCGGCUCUGCUGCAGCGAACUCGACCAGCCCCUUCAACGCAUCCUGCGCCGUACCCGCCGAUCAUCCGAUGUACGCAGGCCCCGCGAUCCCCGUAGGAGCAUUCACGAGGAACGAAGGUGGCGUCGAGAGAAGUGGGAUGGGUAUGGGUUUGCCAGGGUAUACUGCACCGACGACGACGGAAGGGCAUACGAAUGGUUUGACUACGACGGGACAGGGGAAUGCGACGCCGAAUCGGGUCGCGACGCCCGAGCCACCAAAGUAUGAAUCGUAG